AUGCCGUUGAAAAAGAAACGUACACAAGGCCGCCACGACGUCGUUCCGCGACACGACGACGACGACGCCGAGGCGAGCAAGCACGCCAUCGCCGUCGCCGCCGCGACCGCCGCCGUGGCCGAUGCGGCCGUCGCCGCCGCUCACGCCGCCGCCGCGGUGGUCCAGCUGACUAGCAGGAGCGCCGGUGGCCGGGAGGCGAGGGCGGCGGUUGCGAUCCAGUCUCAAUUUCGUGCCUAUUUGUCGAGGAGAGCUCUGAGGGCGCUCAAGGCGUUGGUGAAGCUGCAAGCGCUCGUGAGGGGGCACCUUGUGAGGAGGCAGACCGCGUACGCUAUGCGCCGGCUGCAGGCGCUCGUCCGAGCACAAGUGAGGGCUCGGGCAGGGCGGGCGCUGAUGUCGGAUUCCCCUCAUUCGACCACGAAAUCCUUCAAUUAUCCGGGGCCAGAGACGCCUGAGAAAUUCGAGCAUGCUCUUCGGUCUAGGAGCACGAAGCACGAGCAGAUGAUGAUGCUGAAGAGGAAUGGUUCGAGAUCAAGCGGCUUUAUCUCGCCCCACCACCACGAUCCCGAGAAGCCACGUGCCAGCAGAAGGUCGUGGGAGCACGGUGAUGAUAGAAGCGGCAAGAUUCUUGAAGUGGAUACCGGUAACGUCCACAUGAAGCGCAGGAGCCUCUUCUGCUCGUCUCAUCUUAGCCUAGGCUCCGAACAGAACUUCCCGAGCUACACCACAUCCAAGGACUCCACGGCCCGCCAGUCAAUACGUAGCCUGUCAUCGGGCGAAGUUCAAUCUCCGGCCCCCUUGAAGUUUGCAGAGGAGGACACGGAUGAGAGCGCGACAUUCUAUUCCGCAUCGUCGAGGUCCAAGAGCGAUGGCACUAGAAGCUGUCUAAGUGGUUACUCCGAUCACCCGAACUACAUGUCUUACACAGAAUCAUCGAAAGCUAAGGUGAGAUCCCUCAGCGCUCCGAGACAGAGACGCUACUAUGAAAGAUCGAGCUCUGCCAAGAGGUACUCGGAUCACGGCUAUGGUGAUUCGGUGCCUACUCAGGGAGUGUCUACCUUGCACGCCAACUUCACUAGCAAGGCCUACCCGGGAUCCGGCCGCCUGGAUAGGUCCGGGAUGCCCGUUCGAGGCGACUUCGAAGGUUUCAGUGGUGGUGCUAAUUGGCAGAGAUUUUGAGGUCAAAACUUGGCACAUAUUUUCCUUAAGAUUUUUAACUAAUUGCUAAUGUAGCCAUGUAGUGUGUUCUAACCAUGGUUUUAUCGUGUCAUGUCAUUUUCGUAUCAACAAAUUAGAACUAGACAUAAGAGUAAAAUGUAAAAUAACUUAGUUAAAGUUUUUGUGAUAUGUAUUCAUUGCAACCUUUAUGAUAUGAUUUUAUAACAUGCUUGUUUAUGCUA